AUGAAACCCGUUGUAGAGGAUAUUGAUCAAACUAAUAAUAUUGAUGACGAGAGGCAAUACCAGAUGGGAGUGAGGAGCUUGUGUGAAAGAGGAAUAACAAAAGUUCCAACAAAGUACAUAUUGCCCGAGGCAGAAAGGCCUAAUUCAGCAAGUAAAUAUAAUAAUUAUAAUAACAAUAAUAAUACUAGCAAAGACGUCCAGUACAAUCUCAAGUUACCUGUUAUUGAUUUUGCAAAGCUUCAAGGCCCCAACAGAUCCCAAUAUGUCACAAGUUCCCUGGCAAAAGCAUGCCAAGAAUAUGGAUUUUUUCAGUUGAUAAAUCAUGGUAUUGAAGGUGAUGUCAUCAAAAGAAUGGGUGAUGUAAGUAAGAGAUUUUUCGAUCUCCCCUUUGAGGAGAGAUCCAAGUACAUGUCGAAAGAUAUGUACUCACCAGUUAGAUAUGGAACCAGUUUUAACCAGAACAAUGAUAAAGUGUUUUGUUGGAGAGACUUCUUAAAGCUAAAUUGCCAUCCUUUGUCAGAAGUUCUUCCUCAUUGGCCUUCCUCUCCCGUCGACUUAAGGGAAGUAGCAGUUAACUUCUCGAAUAAUACCAAAUUCUUAUACCUCAUACUGAUGGAGGCUAUUAAAGAGAGCUUGGGAUUAAUGGAUAUUGAAGAAACGAAAAACAAUAAUGAAAAUAAUAAUGGAGAAGAGUUAGAUGGUUCAUCAAUAAAAUUUGAAAAUGGAAGUCAACUGAUUGUGGUGAACUGCUAUCCUUCAUGCCCUGAACCAGAGUUAACCCUAGGAAUGCCACCGCAUUCCGACUAUGGUUUUCUGACUCUUUUGCUUCAAGAUCAAGUUAAGGGUCUUCAGAUACAGCAUGGAGGGACAUGGGUUACUGUCGAACCUCUUCCUAAUUCCUUCGUUGUGAAUGUUGGUGAUCAUCUUGAGAUUUUCAGCAAUGGGAGAUACAAGAGCGUGCUCCACAGAGUUGUUGUGAAUUCUUCAAAGCCAAGAAUCUCAAUUGCUUCUUUGCACAGUCUCCCGUUCAAUUGCAUGGUUCGACCAUCGCCAAAACUCAUUGACAAGGCCAACCCAAAACGCUACAAGGACACCGACUUCUCCAGCUUUCUAGAGCAUAUUGCGUCCCGUGAACACAAGAACAAAAGUUUCUUGGAAACCAGGAAAUUAAUCACUUCUUGAGCCAAUUACAAAUACAUAUUACGCAGAAAAUCGGUCGCAUAUAUAUUGACUUUUCCAAUGAUAUUGAUGGCUAGGGGGAAUU